GGUGGGGAGGGUUCAUCCGUCAUGGAAUGCUCUGGCCAUAUGGUCUGCCGAGAAACUUGGCGGGUUUGAUGACAUCACAAAACACUCAAUGCCAGCAGGGAAGAUAAAGCAUGAACCAGUGGAUUAACUACUGCCUCACAAGCCUUCCGAAUCGUCACUCAACCGCAGAAACCUUGUCGAAUCUCCCUUUUCACCCAGACACCGAUCGAGACUCGCAUCAAUCUUCUGCAUCAUGGACAAAAUGAAGGACACGGUAAAGAAGGGGCUGGAUAAGGUUGUCAAGACCGAUAUGGAGCCUCGGGAGCCGGGGAAGGCAACUCUCGAUGCGGCGAUGCCCAGUCAGCAGCAGCCAACAAGGACGGCGGCCGGCCCUGACCCAAACUUCACCACGGCGACAGACGGGGGCAACCCGACAGGCUUGUUAGGGAAGAAUGCGAUGGGACAGCCGACGAAUAAGCCUAGGCCUUGAUGUGGUCCAGCCUGGUGUAUGCCGAAGGGUUUCUCUGCCAGUGUGGAAAGGGUAUUCAGGUCCGCUCAGGGCGGAGGAAUGGUGUGGAAGUUCGGCGGUAAACCAAUCCAUGAUCCCUUUGUAUGCAGUUCUGUCAACGUUUUCGGGGCUAUUGCAUCACGCAUCCUUGGUGAAAUGAGUGGAAUGAUACGCGGAG